UGCAGCGGGCGGGGCGCCCGGGCGGGCGGUGUCGGGGGCUGGAGGUCAGGCGGCGCUGACGAGCGGGCCGUGACGGGGAAGGCCGCGAGGCCCGGAGAGGUCGAGGUUCGGAGGUUACGGGUCCGAGGCCCUGCACGAGGUAAAAAGAGCCUGCCUGCGCGCCGGGGCGCUGCGGGAAGACCCGGCACCGGAGUUCAACUUCUCCACAUCUGUUGGGACUAAGAAACUGAGCCCAUCGAUGGUCUGGGGAUCGCGCACCGAGAAAGUGCAGCCGCGGCGGCCACGGAGGUCCCGAUUUUCUGCGUCUGCAGAACUUGCGAGCGUCUGAGCGCUCGGCACCGCUUGGGCGCACCGAAGGCGCGCGAUAAAAGCCCCCUUGCGAAGCAUUCCCAGACCUACGCGGCCAACAGGGAGGAGACUCGGGCUGAUCCUCAGGCUGGGGGCGCUAGAGGCGCGAGCACUUAUUGAACCCUUACUGGAUGCUCUCAUGGGCCAGCAUUUGUCUCCAUUUUACGGAAGAAUCGGGGGCUCAGAGAGGCGACGGGAUCUCCCCGAGGCCGCACAGCUCGCUCAGUGGCUGGCACUGUAUGGGGAACCGGGAGUUUCUGGUUGCAGGUCAGCGCUUCCAAGUCGGUGACAAGCGAAAUUCCGGAGACCAACGAAAGAGGUGAGAGUCAACAGGUGGCUGGAGCUGCUAGCCGUUUGGGCCUGGAACACUGAAGAAGGGGAAGCAGAGGGUGAAGAGCAGGCCCCCAGGGGCUGAUGGCCAGCAGACGACUGAAUCUGCACUGGGUGCUGUGUUCACUCUGUGCGCUGCUGAUGGUGGAGACAGUGCCCAGGACCAGUGGCCUGGCUACAGGGGCCCACACCAGCGCCCCAUUUCCAGCCUCGGGUGUGAACCAGACCCGCGUUGUAGACUGUCGUGAUGUGUGCAGCCUCAAUGUUUCCGACCGCUGUGACUUCAUCCGGACCAACCCCGACUGCCACAGCGAGGGGGGCUACCUGGACUACCUGGAAGGCAUCUUCUGCCGCUUCUCCCCCAACCUCCUCCCUCUGGCUGUCACCCUCUAUGGUUUCUGGCUGCUUUACCUGUUUCUGAUUCUGGGCGUCACUGCGGAGAAGUUCUUCUGCCCUAACCUGUCAGCCAUUUCCACCACGCUCAAGCUGUCCCACAAUGUGGCAGGCGUCACCUUCCUGGCAUUUGGGAACGGCGCGCCCGACAUCUUCAGCGCCGUGGUGGCUUUCUCGGACCCGCACACAGCCGGCCUGGCCUUGGGGGCACUGUUUGGCGCGGGCGUGCUGGUGACGACCGUGGUGGCGGGCGGCAUCGCCAUCCUGCGUCCCUUCACGGCUGCCUCCAGACCCUUCCUCAGAGACAUAGUUUUCUACAUGGUGGCUGUGUUCCUGAUCUUCUUCGCACUGUACCUCGGCAGGGUCACGCUGCCCUGGGCUCUGGGGUACCUGUGUUUGUAUGUAUUCUACGUGGUCACUGUGGUUCUUUGCACCUGGAUCUACCAGUGGCAGCGGAGGAGGUCCCUGGUCUACUCCAUGCCUGCCACCCCAGAGAUGCUGUCAGAUUCCGAGGAGGAGCGGGUGUCUUCUCCUACCAACAGCUACGACUAUGGGGAAGAGUACCAGCUGCUGCUGCUGUACCAGGAGACCACGGCUCAGAUCCUGGUCCGGGCCCUCAACCCCCUGGACUACAGGAAGUGGAGGAACAAGCCGGCGCACUGGAGGGUCCUCAAGGUGUUCAAGCUGCCCGUGGAGUUCCUGCUGCUCCUCACCGUCCCCCUCGUGGACCCUGACAAGGAGGACAGGAACUGGAAACGGCCCCUCAACUGCCUGCACCUGGUGAUCAGCCCCCUGGUCUUGGUCCUGACCCUGCAGUCGGGGGCCUAUGGCGUCUAUGAGAUAGGUGGCCUCUUUCCUGUCUGGGGCAUCGUUGUGAUCGUGGGCACAGCCUUGGCUGCCGUGACCUUUUUUGCCACAUCCAACAGCAAGCCCCCCAGGUUCCACUGGGUCUUUGCUUUCCUGGGCUUCCUGACCAGCGCCCUGUGGAUCAACGCAGCCGCCACAGAGGUGGUGAACAUCUUGCGGUCCCUGGGUGUGGUCUUCCGGCUGAGCAACACAGUCCUGGGCCUCACGCUGCUGGCCUGGGGGAACAGCAUCGGAGAUGCCUUCUCCGAUUUCACGCUGGCCCGCCAGGGCUACCCACGGAUGGCGUUCUCGGCCUGCUUUGGUGGCAUCAUUUUCAAUAUCCUGGUGGGAGUGGGGCUGGGCUGCCUGCUCCACAUUUCCAGGGGCCACCCGGAGGUCAAGCUGGAGCCAGAUGGCCUGUUGGUGUGGAUCUUGGCUGGCGCCCUGGGCCUCAGCCUCGUCUGUUCCCUGGUCUCGGUCCCACUGCAGUCCUUUCAGCUGAACAGGGUCUACGGCUUCUGCCUGCUCCUCUUCUACGUGAGCUUCCUGGUGGUGGCCCUGCUCACGGAAUUUGGGGUGAUUCACUUGAAAAGUGUAUGAGUGAAGCUGUUUCUGGGACCACCUGGUGGUCAGGAGGUAUCACUGCAGGCGAUGAGGUAGAAGAUGGAUCAAGAUGAAGAUGGAGGACUAGAGGCUGGAGGCGCCUUCUGCAGAGCUCGAGGCGCGUGCACGGCGGGAGAGAGCAUAGCUCUCUCUGCUAAAGGCUCCCAGGCGCUGCUGCGGGCAGGGAUGAAAGGUGGACCUUGUGCCUGGGACUUUGGAGACUGGGCUUCGUUGUGGGUGGACAGUUCCAGACGGUAGACUGAAUUCUCUUCCAGAGCCUCUUGAAGGUUGAGGGUCAGGGUGAGGGGGUGGCUGGACUGGUGUUAGACGACUUGCGAAAAGUGUCCGGGGCUGGGGGCAACUACAGAGGCCCAGGCCCCUCCCCGUGUAUGUCCCCUGCUGCUUUCCUGCAUCUUCUCAGGGCUCAAAUAGCUGCCAAACCCAGGUUUAGGGAGCUCGGGGGGCAGAGGCCUCAUGUGCCACGGGCCAAGUUCUAGAGCUGCGCUGUCCAACAGAUACGGACUGUGAGACACAUGCCUAAUUUUGAAUGUUCUGGUUGCCAUGUUAAUAAAGCCAAAAGAAACAGGUGAGCUUUUCAUGGUAAUCUAUUCGAUGGAAUCUAGUGGCUCCAAAAUACCGGCCCUGGGUGCUGGCCCUGUUCACAGCUGCCCCACUGGACAGCACAGCCCUAGGCUCUGCCCCUGGCUCUGCGUGCUGGCUCUCAGCAAGCUCUGCACACCUCACCUCAUUUUCCUCUUCUGCAGAACAGGAGGGAACUUGUGCCUGGGGCCUACCUCGGGGAGGGGGGUGCUGGGCUGGGGUCCCAAUGCCUGCAAAUUCUUGGGAGGACAAGGAGUCCCCACCCCACCCCCAGCACCUUCUGCCACCAGUGACCUGCUUCGAUAAGCACCUGAAGGUUUGCCCCAUUGCCUUAUGUUGGCAGUAACGGGAUUCAAUUCUUUUUUUCCAAUGAAGCAUUAUUAAAUAUUUCAA